CACCUGACAUCCCAGAAUGCUCUACUUAUCCGUUUCAAAAUUCGAGCCGCGCCAGGAAAAGUCUUGUUUACUUACUUCUUAUGGAGUGAAUGGUGACUUUCAGAUGGUAUUUUAAAAACUCACCACGAAGACACUUCGCAAAGUGUGGAUCUAUAAAUUAACGGAUUAAUAUAACGCAUAAAAUGGAGGACCAAGUCGACUGGGGACAACACAGAGCUUCCUAUGGAAACGUCGAAGAGGGCCAUGAGCGAAUCUCGGCAGAGGAGAUGGACGAGAAGCGGCAAGAGAACAUUGCCUACGAAUACUUGUGCCAUUUGGAGGAAGCCAAAGUAUGGAUAGAAGCCUGUAUCAAUGAUCAGUUGCCAGCUACCACUGAGGUAGAAGAAGGACUGAGAAAUGGAGUAUACUUGGCAAAAUUGGCACAUUUUAUGAAACCAGAUUUGGUGCCUUUAAAGAAAAUCUAUGACAAAGAUCAAGAGAGAUACAAGGUCCGGGGAUUACAUUUCCGACACACAGACAAUAUCAACCACUGGUUGAGAGCCUUGGAGGAACUGGGACUACCAAAUAUAUUCUACCCAGAAACCACAGACAUUUAUGACAGAAAGAACAUGCCCCGCGUUAUCUACUGUAUACAUGCUCUUAGUUUGUACAUGUUCAAGCUUGGAUUGGCACCUCAGAUUCAGGAUCUUUAUGGCAAGAUCAAGUUUACAGAGGAAGAAAUAAGUGCGAUGCGAAAGGAAUUGGAAAAAUAUGGUAUUCAGAUGCCUGCCUUCAGUAAGAUUGGUGGAAUCCUGGCUAAUGAGAUGCCAGUAGAUGAAGCCGCAUUGCACGCUGCUGUAAUUGCCAUCAAUGAAGCCAUAGACCACCAGGUGGUGAAGGGGACCCUCUCUGCCCUGCAGAACCCCGCGGCUCACCUGACUGCUGUCAUACCUCAACACAUUGAGGACUACCAGGAGAUACUGCAUGCUGCCAAACAUACCAAAGCUGAAAAUGCUAGAAACAGGUCCCUGGAUCCUGAUUAUGAAGCUGAUGUAUAUGAUGAGUUAUUGACUCAAGCAGAGAUCCAAGGGAAUUUAAACAAAGUGAACACUAUCAGGACAUUGGACAGGCUUAAUGAUGCCCUGAACAAACAAGAUAUGGAUGCUUUGAUGAAACUGCUUCAGUCACCUCUGCUUAAUCUGAGAGAUGUCAGUCCUGACAAAAAGGAGUUUUAUAUGGCCAGACUUAUCAAUGACAGGGAAACAAAAAUGAAUAAUAACAAUGGAGAAGAAGUGAUCUUAGACAAGGAUGAGGUUCAGAAUGCCAUCUAUGAAGCCAACAAAGAAGCAGACUCAGAGUAUCAAAAAAUGGUAGCAGUCCAAGGCAUCAACAGUGCUCUGUCUGGAGAAGAUCCCCAGGCUCUGAUGAAGGCCCUAGCCAACCCUGCAGCCAUGCUACCACCAGUGCACGACUUUGCAGCUAAUCUUUACUUUGAAGAGUUUGUGAACAUCAAGGAAGAGAAACAGGGUGAUUUAGAUUACGAGGAGAUCUUUGGAGGAGUAAGAGUGCUGUCAAGCAUUGCCAAAAUCAACCAGGCUGUAGAAUCUGGAGAUCCUCCUCUCACCUUCACUGCCUUGAUGGACAAGAAUGCACAUAUUCAGUUCCUGGAUGAAAACAACCAGACCAAAUACCAAGAGAACCUGAAGGAAGCAAAGAGAGAGAAAGCUGAUGCUCCUAAUGAGUUGUUGACUCACUUUGAGAUACAAGAGUGUGUGGACAAUGUGAAUAGUCAGGUUCAGGAAGAACAUGAGAGAAUCAUAGCAGUAGGUUUGAUCAAUGACGCCAUUGAGCGAGGGGACGCAGAGGGCACCUUGCAGGCCCUCCUGGCACCCAGUGCUCAGUUGAAGGGAGUGGAGGCCCCCCAGGCACUGCAUUACCAGAACCUGCUGGCCAAGGAGAAGAAACAGAAGGCAAAGGAAAUGGAUGAUGAUGGUGCACAGCUUUGGUAUGAAGACAUCCAAACAACUGUUUCAAAAGCUAAUAGAAAUGCAGAGGAAGGACAGAAAAUGUCAGUUGGCGUAGCUGCCAUUAACAUUGCCAUAGAAGAUGGAGAUCCAAAGAACUUGAUGAACACAUUAAACAACCCUGACGUGACUCUACACAGUCUCACUGCAGAGUGUGAUGAGGGAUAUCUCAGUAAAAUGCAAGAAGCUAAGAAUAACAAGGCAGGAUCAGGUGACACAGGCAGUGGUUGGAUGAUGAACAGAUUGAAAGAUGGCAGCAAGUUCUACUUUAAUACCGACACUCUGCAGUAUGCCUGGGAGAGGCCAGAGGGGGUGGUCAAAGAUCACCUCUUACUUACCAGAGAAGAGAUUCAGAACAUUGUAACAGAAGUUACAGCAGGGCAUAAUAGAGAGCUGUUAUUUGCGGCCAAUGAACCAUUCAUUGUGAAGAUCCAGGCUCAGAUCAGAGGGUACCUGGUACGGAAACAGUAUAAUGAUAGGUUGGACUUCAUGAAAACACAACUGCCUGCCAUUACCAAGAUUCAGGCCUGGUACAGGGGUAACAAGCAGAAACAGAAGUACCAGACAAGGCUAGCUGAACUGAAGGAAGGAGAACCAGCUGCUGUGAAGAUCCAAGCUGCAGUGAGAAUGCACCAAGCCAGAAAGAAAUACCAAAAACAGAAAGACUAUUACAAGAAAAAUGAACCCAAGAUCGUCCAAAUUCAAGCAGCCUGGAGAUCUAGUAUGGCCAGACAGGACUAUAAUAAACUCAUGCACUCUGAGAAUCCUCCUGUUGGUGUGGUCAGAAAAUUUGUCCAUUUGCUGGACCAGAGUGAUAUAGACUACAGUGAAGAGAUCGAACUCCAGAAUCUGCGCCAGCAAGUGGUGACAGCUAUCCGCUCUAAUCAACAGCUGGAGCAGGACUUGGACCAGAUGGACAUUAAGAUUGGACUUUUAGUGAAGAACAGAAUAACACUACAGGAUGUAAUCUCACAUGACCGAAAACUCAAAGACUACAAAGAAAACCCUGCAGGUGCAGUCAGCAAAGGGCUGAAGUCUCUGAGCAAAGAGAGCAGGGAAAGACUCGAGGCCUACCAGCACUUGUUCUACCUGUUACAAACCAACCCAACUUACCUGGCUAAGUUGAUCUUUGAGAUGCCACAGAGCCGGACCACCAAAUUCAUGGAGUCGGUUAUUCUUACACUGUAUAACUAUGCAUCUAACCAGCGGGAGGAGUAUCUGCUGCUCAAGUUGUUCAAGACUGCGUUAGAAGAGGAAAUAAGACGAGGAUCAUCCAAAGUGGACAAGAUGAGUGAUAUUGCUACGGGUAACCCACUGGUAGUCAAAAUGAUUGUGUCAUUCAACAGAAAUGCUAGAGGUUACUGCUCUUCUCUCCGAGAGCUGCUGAACCCACUGGUAACUAAGGUGAUCGAGGACCGUAAGCUGGCCAUAAAUACCAAUCCUACCGAGGUGUACAAGGCGUGGGUGAACCAAAUGGAGACAGAAACUGGGGAAACUAGGUGGCUGUUGCUGGAGCACCAAGAUGCCAUAGCUCCUGAUCAUAAUGACCCUAUCCAUGAACUUUUGGAGGACCUGGGGGAGAACCCUGACAUGGAUGCGCUUUUAGGCAAGAAAGCACCAGGGGAAGGUGAAACUGACAGCGCCAACAAAGCCCAGUUAGCAAAACAAACCAUUCUGCUGACCCUGUCAAAUAAGUUUGAGGUGCCAGAUACUGACCAGACUGACACUAAGAAUUUACUGAUAAGGACAAAACGAAUGAUAGUGGAUGUGAUCCGCUGUCAGCCUGGAGAGACGCUGACCAAGAUUCUGAACACUCCAGCCACUGAGGAGCAAGAGGAGGAGCAUGCAGCUCUGAUCAGGAAAAGAGAUAAGGUGGACGAAAGAGCCACUGCCAAGGAUGCUGGUUUGCUGCGACAAAAGUCCAUAAUGGACGACACGAGGAUUCCUUUGGAGGCUAUGAAGGCAAAAAUAAAAAAGAAUCUUCACAAUCUAGUGCUGGCUAAUGUUGUGUCCCAUAAAGAUCACUAUCAGGCCAUCAUCAAUAUGAUAGUACAGGACAUUCGCAACCAGAGAAUCUAUCGCCAGCGGCGUAAGCAAGAGAUGAUGCGAAUUAAAGAAACCCUUAAGGCUUUGAAUACUAAGAGAGCUUUCUUUGAAGAACAGAUUGACUACUACAAUAAAUAUGUAACAACAUGUCUUGACAAUUUGAACAAGAAGGGAAAGUAAGUGUCAGUUCUCAUAGAUAGCAUU